GCUAUCCAAAGCUAAUCCAUACGCCCACGGUGGGAGAGAAAGAGGAAACGAAGCUUCUUCUUCAUCUCCGCCAUGGCUAACCUUGCGACCUCCUUAACCUUCUCUUCUUCUUCUUCUCCUUCUCCUUCUCUAUGGAUCCUCAAACAUAAAUCUCCAAGUUACUGUACAUUCAAACAACUGCACUCUUUCCAUUCAUCCUUUCACUUCGACUACACGAAGCUCGUUUCCCUAAGGCAUAACCAUGGGGAAAGGUUUCCAGUGCUUUUCACUGUUCUUGACAAUGAAUCUGCGCUUACGGAGGAGGCCAUUGUGGAAGGUGAUGUUAAGAGCGAAGGCAGCCUUUCAAAUCAGGAAGUGAAAAAGCUAGCACGUCCUUGUGAGCUAUACGUUUGUAAUUUGCCGAGGAGUUGCGACAUUGCGGAGCUGGUUGAGAUGUUUAAACCUUAUGGCACAGUCUUGGCUGCUGAGGUUUCUCGGAAUCCAGAGACAGGCAUAAGCAAAGGAUGUGGCUAUGUCACAAUGGGUUCAAUAAACUCGGCUAAAGUUUCAAUUACAGCAUUAGAUGGUUCUGAUGUUGGGGGACGUGAAAUGCGCGUUAGAUUUGCAGUUGAUAUGAAUUCCAAAAAGAGGAACCUUAAUAACUUGCAUUCAUCACCCAAGAAGAAUAUAAUAUAUGAAAGUCCUUACAAAGUGUAUGUUGGAAAUCUUUCGUGGGAUGUCAAACCUGGAGACCUGAGGAACCUUUUUAGCAGAUUUGGAACUGUGGUCAGUGCAAAAGUUUUGAACGAUCGUAGAGCUGGAAAAAGCCGCGUUUACGGGUUUCUAUCGUUUUCUUCAGCUGCAGAGCGUGAUGCAUCGAUUUCUUUGGAUGGAACAGAGUACAACAACAGGAAGCUUGUUGUUAGAGAAGGUUUGGAAAGGAGCGAAUCUUAAAUGCAGUUAGUCUUCUUGCACAAGCCAACUAAAGUAAUGAACACUACGGAAGAAUUAUUCAGAAACUUCCUCUGCAAAGGUAACAAUGAUGGUAAGAGUCUUCAUCUUGUCGACUAGGAAAAUCUCCUUCAUCCCAAGGAGAAAGAAGGGCUCGGCUGAAACGAUCGGAAUAGAGCCCUCCAAGCAAAAUGAAUUUGGCGUUAUCAAUGUGAGAAAAUUACUAAGGAACCACGCCUCUCGCAAGAAAUAUCCCUUAUUAUAUAUAUAUAUAUAUAUAUAUAUAUUAAUCUUUUAUCUUUUUCUUAGGGAAGAAGGGACUACUUGGUGCAUUUUGGAUUGGAUUUUUAAGUAUUUAUAAACAUUUUUUUUUUAAACACAUAGAAAGUCAAUUUAAGCAUAUACGAAAUGGUAGGACUGAAAUGUAAGAAUUUGAAGUACUCUUCCAUUGCUUUUUCAAUGUGUCCUAAUGGGUUUUAGCUCUC